UUUAAAUUAAUGAAAUUGGAUUUUAAGUUUAUGGACAAAACAAAUUUUCGUCUUUCAUAUUACGAGUAAAUAUCAUGUAAGAGGCAUGGUUCAAGCAUGUCGAUGUAAAGAUAACGAACGAAUUGCUAAACAUUUUAUUCGCGAUACUUUGACAAGUUGUGCAAGGAUAACUAAUGAACUCUUGUUUUACUACACUUUUCGUACCUUUUUCGCAUUUAGAGUGAAUAUAAUUGGGGAACAUGUCGACUAUUCUGGCUAUCCUGUGCUACCAAUGGCCAUCGAUCAAUGCAUGAUUUUAGCUGUUGGCAUCGAUGAGAAUAACAAUCUGAUAAGUCUACGGAAUUUAGAAAAUCACAAAUAUCCGAAUUUCGAUUGUAAACUGAGUGAUAUCAAAAUAAAUUUACCACAAACCGGUGGACCUAUUUGGUUUAAUUAUUAUUUAUGUGGCGUGAAGGGUAUUUUUGAAAUUUUAAGCGGCGAUCAGAGGCUCUACGGGAUGACUGUAGCCUUAAGUGGCGAUAUACCACCCGCAUCGGGUGUAUCGAGUUCAAGUGCCUUGGUUAGUUCAGCCGUCUUAGCGACGGCGAAAGUUCAUGGAGUUUGCUUGGAUCGUAAGCGAUUGGCUGGGAUUUCGGCUCAAUGCGAACGUUAUAUUGGUACACAAGGCGGGGGUAUGGAUCAAGCUAUCGCUUAUUUGGCCAAAGAGGGAUGCGCCCAAUUUAUUGAGUUUUAUCCCGAACUGAAAACUACCUCAUUACAUUUACCUCAGGGAGCUUGCUUCGUCGUCGCGAACAGUUUGACGCAAAUCAAUAAAGCUACCACUUCAGAGUUUAAUGAGCGCGUUGUGGAAUGUCGCUUAGCUUGCCGUUUAAUUGCUUUUCAUAAGAAAUUCAAUAACUGGAAGAUGAUAACAAAACUUGCUGAACUGCAAGAUUUCUUAAAAUGCGAUUUAAGCGACUUGGAAGAUAUCGCUAGGAAUCUUUUGAAAAAAGAUCAUUACACACGCGCCGAGCUAUGCGGGAUAUUUUCGGUAGAUAACGAUGAAUUUGAAAAUGAAUUCCUUUACGCGCACACGCAUCACAUGCAAACAUUCAAGUUAAGACCCAGAGCAUUACAUGUAAUACAAGAAUCUUUGCGAGUACAACGAUUCCGUAAGAUUUGCUCCGAUGACAGCGUAGUAGAAUCAAAAUUGAAAACUUUAUCGCAUUUACUGAGGCAAUCUCACGAAAGUUUAAAAACCCAAUUCGAAUGCUCUCACGCGAAUUUGGAUAGGCUGGUCGAAAUAUCCGAUGAAUUUGGUGUAGGUGCCAGGCUUACAGGAGCUGGAUGGGGCGGUUGUAUAGUGGCUUUGUGCGACUCCGUAGAGAUCUCUCACAAAUACAUGGCAACUUUAAAAGAGAAAUACUAUUCCGAAUUACCUGAGCCAAUCUUCGACGAACUGCAAUUAAACGAUUUUCAAAAUGUCAUUUUUGCUACUUGCCCACGCGAAGGUGCCGAUAUUUUUACUUUGUCUUCAUAUGUUUGAUAUAAUAUAAGAGUCGUAUUUGUUAUCUAAUUAUUAUGUAAUUGUUUAAAGCAUGAAUACAGAAAGUAAAGCAAA